CGAGCCCGCCGCGCGUGCGGCCCCCGUGCCGCUUCGGCGGGCCCCGCCGCCUCGGCGGUCCCCGCCGCCGCGCCGCGGCGGCCGCGGUCGGCUGGCCUGCUGCCGGGCCGCCCGUAUGUGGCGCGGCCGGGCCGGCCGCCUGCUGCGGCUGCUGCUGGCGGGCUCUGUGCCGAGGGUGCUGGGUGCGGCGGCGGACGCCGACCUCGCGGAGUUUCAGCAUGAUUUCCAGGACUUCGACGCCAACAGGGACGGCCAAUCGACGCGCAGGAGAUGCGGCAGCAGUUCAAGGGAGACCUGGACCCAGAGGACCUGCACCAGUUCUUCAUCGACGUGGACAGGGACAGCAGUGGCACUAUCACCCUGGGUGAAUACGUGGACUACGCUGUGUCCAACCACGGCAAGUACUACGACUCAUGACAUGCAGCAGCAAUAUGUCGACCUUUACUCGCAGCAUAAUUGGGUCGGGUCAGACAAUGGCGUCUUCCAUUCAGCCCUGAACGCCCCUCGACAAAAGGACGUGACCAAUUGCUUAGUCAGAGCGCUCGCCUUUGGCGCGCGGAAGAGGGCUCUGUCCAGCUUGCAUCUGGAGCUGUCUCCCAACAGCUCUUGCAGCAUAUCCGAUGGUUGUAUGUUCUAAGGUCGCCCGUGGCGGCGAGAACGCAAUCUCGCUUCGCGCCGCGUGGUCCGGGUUGAUAGACCUCUUACCCUGACACGUCGAUGAGCGAAUUGGCCGUUUUCGGUCCGCGAGGGGGCGUCGCGGCCGUCAUUUUGCGGGUCCAGGUCAGUCGGUUUCGGUCCUAGGGCCGUUUUCACUAAAGGGGGGUUUAUUCAAGGGAGGUUUUCUCCACCGCCGAAUGACGCCUCUGGCCGACGGCCCCCACCUUACCCGCAGCAGUCCGCCGCUGGCGAGAGCCACGCGGUCGUCACCACGCAUCGCUGGAGGAGGAAAGUUGUGUGUAUGUGUGCGUGCCUUUGUGUGUCUGUGUCUGUGUGUGUGUGUGCGUGCGUGUGUGCGUGUGUCUGUGUGUGUGUGUGUGUGUGUGUGUGUGUGUCUGUGUGUCUGUGUGUCUGUGUGUCUGUGUGU